AUGAAGAUUUUUACUUGCUUUGUGAUUGCUCUUGUUCUGUGUUUUAUUGUGACUGUGGAAUCUCAGCCCUUUAAAAGCGGAAAUAUAGAUUAUUUGGAGGCUCUACGACGUAUGAAGCAAAUACCCCAAUGGCAUUGCAUGAGGUAUCGGCGCUUCCAGUUGCAUAGCCCUUGCAGUCGUUGGUGGACGAUGAGAAGAAUG